UUCGGGUUGUCAGGCAGCGGCAGCACAGGCGAGGCUGCGGGGGACCCGGUGGCGGUGGGGGUGCGGCUCGGCCCUGCCCGCGCUCACGGCCUGAGCCCCUCCAUCCCCGCAAGCAUGAAGGACGGUGGGGACUCCAAGGACCAGCAACUCAUGGUGGCCCUCCGGAUUCGGCCCAUCAGUGUGGCGGAGCUGGAGGAAGGAGCCACUCUCAUUGCCCAUAAAGUGGAUGAGCAGAUGGUGGUUCUCAUGGACCCCCUGGAGGACCCUGAUGACAUCCUGCGGGCACACAGGUCUCGGGAGAAGUCCUACCUGUUCGAUGUGGCCUUUGACUUCACUGCCACACAGGAGAUGGUGUAUCAGGCCACCACCAAGAGCCUCAUCAAAGGCGUCAUCUCAGGCUACAAUGCCACCGUCUUUGCCUAUGGCCCUACAGGCUGUGGGAAAACCUACACUAUGCUGGGCACAGACCACGAGCCGGGCAUCUACGUGCGCACCCUCAAUGACCUCUUCCGUGCCAUUGAGGACACCAGCAAUGACAUGGAAUAUGAGGUGUCCAUGUCCUACCUGGAGAUCUACAAUGAGAUGAUCCGGGAUCUGCUGAACCCCGCCCUGGGGUACCUGGAGCUGAGGGAGGACUCCAAAGGGGUGAUCCAGGUGGCUGGGAUCACCGAGGUCUCCACCAUCAAUGCCAAAGAGAUCAUGCAGCUGCUGAUGAAGGGGAACCGGCAGAGGACCCAGGAGCCCACGGCCGCCAACCAGACGUCCUCCCGCUCCCACGCGGUGCUCCAGGUGUCCGUGCGCCAGCGCAGCCGGGUCAAGAACGUCCUGCAGGAGGUACGGCACGGCCGCCUGUUCAUGAUUGACCUGGCCGGCUCUGAGCGUGCAUCCCAGACCCAGAACCGUGGGCAGCGCAUGAAAGAGGGGGCCCACAUCAACCGCUCCCUGCUGGCCCUGGGCAACUGCAUCAACGCACUGAGCGACAAGAACAACAACAAGUACAUCAACUAUCGCGACAGCAAGCUCACUCGGCUCCUGAAGGAUUCCCUGGGCGGGAACAGCCGCACCGUGAUGAUCGCGCACAUCAGCCCAGCGAGCAGCGCCUUUGAGGAGUCCCGGAACACCCUGACCUAUGCCGGCCGGGCCAAGAACAUCAAGACCCGGGUGAAGCAGAACCUGCUCAGUGUCUCCUACCACAUCGCCCAGUACACCAGCAUCAUCGCUGACCUGCGGGGCGAGAUCCAGAGGCUCAAGUGCAAGAUCGAUGAGCAGGGCGGGCGAGGCCAGGCCCGGGGACGGCUGGAGCAGGGUGGCCUUCGCCACAUCCAAGCCGAGGUCCAGCAGUGCCGCGGGCCGGGGGAGCAGGCCGACAUGGGACAGCUGCGGGAGCAGCUCAUCAGCGCCUUCCAGGAGCAGAUGGACGUGCGGAGACGCCUGCUGGAGCUGGAGAACCACGCCAUGGAGGUCCAGAUCGACAGCUCCCGCCACCUGCUCACCAUCGCCGGCUGGGAGCAGGAGAAGUCGCGCAGGGCGCUCAAAUGGAGGGAGGAGCAGCGGAAGGAAUCCUACACCAAGGACGACAGCGAGAAGGACUCGGACACCGGUGAUGACCAACCAGACCUCCUCGAGCCCCCGGAGGUGGCCUCCGCACGGGAGAGCAUCGCAGCCCUGGUGGGCGAGCAGAAGAAGCUGCGCAAGCAGAAGCUGGCGCUGGAGCAGCGCUGCCGCGAGCUGAGCGCACGGGGGCGCCGCCUGGAGGAGACGCUUCCGGGGCGCAUUGGCUCCGAGGAGCAGCGGGAGGUGCUCAGCCUGCUGUGCCGCGUGCACGAGCUGGAGGUGGAGAACACCGAGAUGCAGUCGCACGCGCUGCUCCGCGACGGCGCGCUCCGCCAUCGCGGCGAGGCCGUCCGCCGCCUGGAGCAGCACCGCACCCUCUGCGAUGAGAUCAUCCAAGGCCAGCGGCAGAUCAUCGACGACUACAACCUGGCUGUUCCCCAACACCUGGAGGAGCUUUAUGAAGUGUACCUGCGGGAGUUAGAGGAGGGCAGCCUGGAGCGGGCCACCAUCAUGGACCGGGUGGCCUCUAGGGCCCUGCAGGACAGCUCCUUGCCCAAACUAAGCCCAGCAGGAACCAUGCUGACGCCAGAGUCGGACCUGGAGGGCGUGAAGCCGCUGAGCUCCGGAGCCCAGCGCCUGCAGAGCAGCGCCCUCCCUCCCCUCGGCACAGAGAGCCUCUGUGGGACCAGCUUGGUCAUCAGAGGCCCACCCUCCUCUGCCAAUCUCAGUGAAGCCAACCCCGCGUUCAAGGCCAGUCCCCGGGCGUGGCAAGUGAAAAGCUCCUCGGUGCCCACCCCGCCUCCCAUCCAGAUCAGCAGCCUGGUGACCCAGGAGGUCGCUACUCAGGACAGCCUGCUCAGCCUGGGCAGCCGAAUCAACUCUUCCCCUGACAGCAGCGAGAAUCUGUCGGAGAUCUCCUUGUCCCACAAAGAAAGGAAGGAGAUUCUGACCGGCACCAAGGGCAUCUCUGUGAAGGCUGCCCGGAGGCGCUCCAGGGCCCUGGGGGCGGAGGGGUGCCACCUGCUGGCCCCUGUGAUGCAGCGCAGCAGCCUGUCCCUGCACUCGCUGAGCGAAGCUGACGACUCUCGACCCCUGGGCCCACUGGCCUGCAAGCGGCCGCCCAGCCCGACGCUGCAGCACGCUGCCAGUGAGGACAACCUGUCCAGCAGCACGGGCGAGGCCCCGUCCCAGGUGGCCGGGCAUCGUGGCGAUGGCCCUGGGCCCUGGCUGCGUGGCCAGAAGAAAAGUCCGGGCAAGAAACGGGAGGAGUCGCUGGAAGCAAAGAGGAGGAAGCGGAGGUCCCGAUCUUUCGAGGUCACGGGGCAAGGGCUCGCCCGCUCCAAGACACACCUCCUGGACCCCCGCCCGCUGGGGAACAUCUCAGACCGCAGAAUGCCAGUGUGUGGGCACCCAGCCCCUGGUAUCCGGCAUCUGGGGAAGGUCACGCUGCCUUUGGCCAAGGUCAAACUCCCUCCAAGCCAGAACACAGGCCCUGGGGUUUCCUCCCCCAUCGCUGUUCCCUCCAACCCAGCUGGAGUUUCCCGGCGGGCUACGCGAGGGCCACGCCUGCCCCACGGCGCAAGCACCCAUGGCAAAGACGGGCACUUCCGGCGUCACUGAGGGACCCUGCCUGGAACCGGCUCUCCUGCCCCCCCCCCCAAGACUGAAUGGGGCAUAGCAAGGAAAUGGAGACUAGGCAGAUGGGGGUGACGCGGAAGCAGAAGCUCAGGAUGGCAGACGGCCAGGGCUCCGGAGACCCGGGAACUGUGAGGGGGGCUGCCCACCCCUUCCAUGUGUGCAGUGCCACCGAGGAAGGGAGGCGAGCCCAGGAGGCACCGCUGUUGUGACCGAGCUCCCUGGCCUCCCUGCCCUGGACAGAACCCUGUUGCCAAAACUCUGCACAGGCCUGUGGCCAGACUUGGCCUCGGAAAU